AUGGACACAGGCAAACGGCUAGCAGAGAAGAUAGCGGAACACACCGAAACAGAAAUCAACACAUCAGCCGCCCUGAUACAACUACCGCCAUACAACUCGAUCAACACCACCAGGUGUUGGUUUAUUCAACUUGAGGCGAUAUUUUCAGCACGAAAGGUCACACGACAGGACACUAAAUACGCCUCCGUGGUACAAGCCUUACCAGCAUCAAUCGUUGAAGAAGUGGAAGACAUCCUUCUCAAUACUCCGGACCAACUCCCAUACACCUGCCUCAAAGAAGCCAUCCUCAAACGAACUGGACGUUCGGACGAAGACCACAUCAGAGACUUAUUCUCUAAUGUGUCUCUCGGCGACAGGACACCAUCCCAGCUCCUCCGCCUGAUGAAGAGCCGCCUCGGGAACAACACCAUGGCAGAACCCAUCCUCCGAGGGCUAUGGAUGGAUCAGUUACCACCGAAUAUAACACAAGUUCUAGCCCUGGUAUCAGUAGAGACGCCCCUUGACGUUGUGGCCGACUCAGCCGACAAAAUAUACUCCCAGGCUCACCAAAAAGUUCACCAGGUUGAGAGCCACGGAAACCACACACAACGCCUCGAAGAGGAGAUGACCCGGCUACGCGCAGAGUUGAGAGACCUGAAACUCUCCCUAUGCCGGAGGCAGCGAAGCCCAGCACCACGCACGCGAAAUCGAAGCCGUACCCGUAGCUCAAGUCCAGGACAGAGAAACAGUGUGGACGAAUGUUGGUACCACCAAACCUUCGGAAAACGAAUAGACCGACAGGCAGCGACGACGAUCCCUGUCGGUACUCGCUCACACAGUCGUCUCUUCUACGUGUGGGACCGUAACAAUGGCCUCAAAUUCCUAGUUGACACUGGCGCAGCCAUCAGCGUAAUACCACCCACCAACAGAUCCGCCUUUAAACCCACCCCAUUCCAACUUCGAGCGGCAAACGGCUCCACCAUAGAAACCUAUGGGAACAAGGAACUUACUUUAAAUAUCAACCUCGGGCGCGACUUCAAGUGGUCAUUCACCGUAGCUGACGUCAGGACACCCUUGCUCGGUGCCGACUUCUUGGCACAUUACAACCUGGCUGUCCAUAUGAAGACAAGGAUCCUGUCCGACAACAUGACAACCAUCAAGAUCACAGGGAUCCCAUCGAGCUUCAACACAACUAGGAUCAGCGUGGCAACACAGCACGACCCCCACUACGUAGAAAUCCUGCGCCGACAGCCCAUAUGCUUCACCACUGCAUCUGGUACCCAAAUCCGACGGGGAUUUCAGGAUCUGCGUGGAUUACCGAAACUCAAUGCAUCCACAGUACCCGACCGGUAUCCUGUUCCGCACAUCCACGACUUUGCCUCAGGGCUAACUUCCGAAAGUCAUUCGAUCACCACUCUUCAAGGCUCCACUCACUCCACUCUUUGCUACUGCCUUCCCUCUGAGACGCCAGCUCACUCCUGCAGCUUCCAACAGUCUCCAGCUCACUCCUGCCGCUUUCAGCUCACUCCUGCAGCUUCCAGCACUCCACCUCUCUCGGCCCCGCUGCAACAAGUCUCAGGCAUCUAG